AAAUGUGUAUGUGUCGUCGUAGCAUGUCGUAUUACACAACGACAGAUGAUUAUAAAACAAAGAGGAAUGGAUUCACAUUAUAUGUUGGUUGGUGACAUAAAGAAGAAUGAACCGCCUGUUAUUAAUUGUUACGUUGAUGGUUGGCGCAGAUUUCACCUACAUAAAUUGUUACACUAAUGUCAAACUAACGUCCCUGUCAGGACGAUGUGUUCGCGCUGGACAACAGCUUAUACUCAAUUGUUCUCUACAAAGUGAUGAAGAAACCAACGGAGAAUUGUUUUUCAAAAGAGGAAAAACACGUAUAAUCAGCUCUAAACGCCGUCUGUUAACCGAAGGGAUUACAACAUCAAGCUUAACCGUACCGGAAGCGAACUCCGAUGAUCAAGGGACAUACAUAUGCUGUAGAGAUCAGUGUUCCAGACCAAAUGAAUUCGACAUUGGUAUAUUUGAAAUCGGAGACAUUCCUCCCGAGCCAUUGUACUUCCAUUGUAUGAUCAGCCUUUCUCGUGUCAACUGUUACUUCUUAAUGCACGACUCAUGCGUAGAAUGGACGCUACGUUACCACCUGUCAGGGGAGGAGGAUUUAUUUUUUCACGGGAAAUGCAGUAGUCGUUUGGGGAAAUCACCACAAUGCGUUGACGUUAAUGACGAAGAUCACAGUUACAGAAACCUAAUGCGAAAGUGUCGUGAUAGCCACAGGGAAGAGAUCGAGACGACGUGUCCGCUAUCAGACGCGGUACGAGAUGAAGUGUACUGGGUACAGCUGGAGGGACGAAGCCCGUAUGGAAUGUCCUCAUUCGCCUACAACGUCACCACCAAUAUAACCAUCGAACGAUUAGGACCUUUACGGAACUUCAGAGUGGAGUCGACCACAUCAACGUCGGUUACGUUAACCUGGUACUUUCCCAAUAAUCCUGCUCACUACAGUGAAGGGAUAUCCUGUAACAUAAUAUACUACACAAACGAUAACACAACACAGAACCAGACAAAGCUCUGGAAGACUGGCAAAAACGUACGGUAUUCUCUUAAUAAUUUGGAACCGUAUCGAAACCACACUGUGGAAGUGAGCUGUCGUUUCAGUGCCAGCAGAUAUUGGUCCAAAAGUAGCAGUGUUAAGUGCACUACAGAACAGGACGUUCCAAUUUACGGACCUAAUGCAACUCUGACGUCGUACACGGUCUACCAAAACAUCAAUAGAACCUACACAGUAACGCUAUAUAUUAAGCCUCCUCAUGUGGACACAAUCAACGGCAUUUUGCAAGGGUAUGAGCUCCAGCUGUUUUCCUUGCCAAACUCCAACGACAAUGUGACCGUGUUGAGGUAUGCAGUAUCGUCCACUUUAAUUAUAGAGAACGUACCACCCGGCACCAAGGAGCUUUACACAAAUAUAACGUCACUAACAGUAGCUGGGAGGUCACGUAAUAGUCUUCAGUUAAACAUUAGUAUGGAGCCAAAUGAAGAUAUAUUUCGUGUCGAAGCUGUGUCUGUAAAUGAAUACCCAGAUCAUCACCAUUUCCUGGUUAGCAUUCGCCACAACACCCUGGCUUCGUCAGACAACAUAGAUAUCACGUACAUCUACCACUGGUGUCAGACAAAUGCCAGCGAUUACGACUGUAAUGACAGAAAAAUUAUCAAGUGCUUAGCUAAUUACGAUUUUGCAUAUUCCAUACAAACACAAAGGACUAUUGUGGUCAAGAGAUUAUCCUCACAGAAAUACUCUUGGGUGUUUGGAGCCUCCAUAGCGUUACCCGUACCAAGAGAAGGAUUGCGGUGGGAGACGUGUACGUUACCAUACGGAUGGAGUAAUAAUUCGACAACAUAUUCAACAGAAAACAAAGAUAGACUUCUGGGACUUCUAGUUUUAGCAGGUCUAGUUAUUCCACUGAUUAUGAUAGGAGUUUACAUCUGGAAAAAAUAUCGCCACUAUUGUAACGCGUAUGACAUUGAACUCCCUGAAAUUGAGAAUGAGGAUUAUGGUUUGCGUACAACUCAUUUGACCUUAAAACAUCAACCAAUCGGCGAUGAGCCUUCUGACCAGCACGAAAAAGAUAACUCGGAAACUAAGGAGAUCGGAAAUAGCGAAUAUAGUCGUCUUCAUCCUGAUGACAUCGAAGGUAGAGAUGUGCUGUCUAAAAAAGAGUCAAGUACCUUUAUGGGCCUCGACAUCGACAAAGAUAACGUGGACGGUGAGAUAACAUGUCGGGAAAAAUAUGACAAAGGAGAGGAAAGGGGUCAAAAGGAGAUAAAUCACUUAAAUGAACACGUAAAACAUCUUUCCGAAUGGACUGUUUGUCAAAUCCAGGAAGGUGAGAGUAAUACAAACAAUCUGUCGAAUUACGAAGAUGUUAUACCCGGGGAAACGCCUCGAGCUGCUCCAAGUACACCUCGCAUGAGAGAAGGCAAAACCAAUAAACUCCGCAGAACAACUGAUGACUUUGAACGGCUAGAUCUUAAGUCUAUGAAGAUGACUCAUGUGUGCUUAACACGUCAACCAAGCGACGAUAUCCCUGCUGACCAGUGGGGAACUGAGAAAUUUGAAACUGGGGAGAUUGAUGGAAAUACCGGAUAUAGCCGUCUACAUCAUGUUUACACUGCCAUAUCGGUAGACAAUGCGACGGUGUCUGACCAAGAGCCAUGUCCCAUUGUGGGCUUCGACAGAGAUAUAAAAUGCCUGUCAAGUGAGAAUGCUGUACAGGACAAUGGUCAGGAACAGAAACAAAACAAUCAAAGAAAUAAUGUGUCGCACUAUGUACUGACUAUUCCCGGGGACACGCAUCGGGCUGUUCGUGGCACACCUGGUAAACAAUCUGUCGAAGACUAUCGACACCACAGUGCAACGGAUGAAUUUGGACUCUCCGGUCUUGAAACCGAAAAUAGUGAUUUGUGCAAAGAACAUGCGUCACUAACAUGUCAGCAUAACGACGAUAAAACUGAGAUUCAGUUUGGAACUGGGAUCAGGGAACCAAACGAGAUUAGAAAUACCGACGAAUUUCGUCUACUUCCUGCUGAGGAUCCAGUUACAAGACAUGCGUCUGACAAACAUCUGAAUUUAACCAAAAACUUCGACAAAGACAUGAAUAGCAGUGUCAGAAAGAUUGUAUCGAGUGAAAAUGACGAACAUGAAGAGCAAAACGACAAAAACAUUAGUGAUGACUUCAAUAAUUGUAGCAAAAACCAUUCUGAAUGUGCUUCUAACCAGGAACACGAUCUGAAACAGGAAAAAGAUAAUAAAAAAAGCAAUAUGUCUAACUAUGUACUGACUAUCCCCGGGGACACGCAUCGGACUGUUCGUGAUACACCUGGCAAACAUUCUGUCAACGAAUAUCGACACUAUAGUGUAACCGAUGGAUUUGGACUCUCCGGGCGUAAAAGCGUCAGUGUUCUGUUGGAAAACGGUGAUUUGUGCAAAGAGCAUGUGUCAUUAACAUGUCAGCCUAGCAACGAUAAAGCUGAUAUACAGUUGGGAACUAGGAUCGUGGAGCCCAAUGAGAUAACAAAUGCCGACAAUUCCCGUCUACAUCCUGGUGAGGAUCCCAUAACAAGAACAAGUGAGACGGUAUCUGACAAACAUCAUAAUUUAACCAAAAACUUCGACAAAGACAUGGAUAACAGUGUCAGAGAGGUUGUAUCGAGUGAAAAUGACAAACAUGAAGAGCAAAACGACGACAACAUUAGUGAUGACUUCAAUAAGUGUAGCAAAAACUAUUCUGAAUGUACUUCUAGCCAGGAACACGAUCUGAAACAGGAAAAAGAUAAUAAAAGAAACAAUAUGUCCAACUAUGUGCAGCAUGUUCCCGGAGAUACGGCGCGAGCUGCAACUCGUACUGACCAUAACAAUUGUCAAGUACAUGUUGAGGAAAGUUGAAGUAGCCACUCUACCCGUACACCCUUCUUGUGUUAAACGUGUACUAUAAGGAAAUAAAUCGUGGGCCUUAUCGGCUAAAAAAGUUAACGGAAGUCAUCUCUCGAUUACAUUAUUCUGCUGUCAACAGCUGGUAGGCUAAAUAUUUAGGUACUAAAUGUAAUCAUACAAGUUUCUUCCGUUUUUAUCCUUUUUUGAACGAACAUGUUCAUUAAAUAUUUACUUAAUGUAUCUGUGACCAUUGCCUCCGAAAAAAUAUACAAAAGUUGUAUUUGAUAAAUUGAAAGGAUUCCUCCUAGUCCAAUAUGUCCAAUGCAGAUGAUGACAAAUGCGUUGAUAGUCCACGCUUGGGAGAAAUAGUAAGGCAAUGUUUAGCGUUGCGUGAAAAGCAAAUACAAAGUAUCCACUUAGUUUUAUCAACAAAAUUUAUUUUUAUGUAUUAAAUGUACUUGUAACAUAAAUUCUACUUUUCAAACAAUACGGGUGUACAAAAUGUUAUCAAGCGAAACAGAAUGUUUUAAAUCAAAGAAAUGUAAUUUCAUAUUACAUGAUUGUUGAAAAAGAUACGACACACGCUCUGUAGAGGCAUAUGAAAAACAAUAUAUAUAUUUAUAUUUAUAUUCUUGUAGCAUCCUUUUUUCUACCUUAUCAAAUCUGAUUUCGAAAGUAUUCCAAGAAAGAGUUAGGCAUUAUAGAUACAUUGUAUGGGGUCAAAUUUAUUUUUCUUUCCUUUCAACUAUGUAUAUGCAAAUAUACGAACACCACAUGCAUUUACUUUCCAUAUAUAUACAUUUACGUUAUACAGUAUAUAUAUUAACCUACUAACCAAAAGGAUCAGUAUACUUCAAUAACUGUAGGAACUCUUCAAAAACGCGUGAAUGUUUUUGAAUCAGAAACCGUUCAUGUCUGUUUAUUAUACUGUAUGAGUAAUCGUGGCAUGUGCCAAAUUCAAAUAAUGGCGGGAAUUCUCGAAUUAUUUCCGAUUGACGAGUGUCGCCAUACAAAACUCGUAAACGUAGAAAACACAAUGUAGUUCCUGCUGCUUUUUGUCCUCUUAAUAGUAAUUAUGGAAAGGUGCAGAUUUUUUUCGACGUCUGACAUUUAAAUACAGCUUAAUAUUAA